CUUUACAUUCUUUAAUUAAUAUUAUUAACAGGUCUCUUUUGCCUUUUACUGAGUGAGCUUCUGUUUUUAUUUGAGUUUUCCACUUAAGAACAAACCCAACGUUAUCUAAACCAGGGUAACCACGAUGCAGCACCGAGGGCCAUUUGUGGCACUUUAAGUGAUUUUACAGCAGUUUUUACAACAAGAUCUAAAUGUUUGCUGUUGCAUAAAUGUGACAAAUAAAGAUUUUUUCUGUUUAUUUAAAACUGAAAUCAUAUUAAAGCUACUGCGACGUCUCUACAAUCUAAAGAGACGUGUCUAACUGAAGCCCUCUGGGUGAACAGGAUAAAUAUGUAAUCAUGAGCUCUGGUAUUUAAGGCAGCCAUCUUUUCCUGCUCCACCUUCUAAUGAGCAGAAACCGCCUCCAGAGACUCCAGUCGCUUCCUGAGAUUCAACAUGAAGCCUGAACUCCUCUUCUGCAUCGUCACCGUCAGCUGGAUUAAAGGAGUUACUCUCAGCAAAGACGAGCAGGUCUUUCAGUCUCCAGCUGAACUUUUGGGUCAACCGGGCGAUGAAGUCAGCCUGACCGUGGCUCAUGAGAUCCCGUCCUACGACACGGUUCUCUGGUACCUGCGCUCACCAGGAGACACGGCCCUAAAGCUCGUCGCCUACAUUUAUUAUAAAAUCCCAAAAGUUGAGCCUCCCUUUGAAAGCCACUUCAAAGUGAGCGGAGAUGGAGAGAAGAAAGCUCAUCUUCACAUCCUCAACCUGACUCACUCAGAAGACAGUGGAGACUAUUUUGGAGCAGCAAGUCUGCACGAUGUUGUUGCACCAUCAUCGCUUGUGAUCCAGCAAUCACCUGAAAAUGUCCUGGUACAGACAGAAAAAGAGGCCCGUCUCCAUUGUUACCAUGGAGACAACAGCCAUCCCUACAUGCUCUGGUACCAGUCAAAGGCAGGCCAAAGGAUGAUGGACCUGAUCAGACUUCUUUGUUAUGAAAACCCAAAUCUGGAGAAGAAUUUUGAGAAGCGUUUCAACAUGACGGGCCACUCCAAAGGCAAAGCACAGCUGGUACUCUCCUUAACCUGA